CAAUACAAGAUUUUAUUUCCAUAACUACGCCUAGGCCUAGCAGUAAAUGUUUAGGUCUAUGCCAUAGGCUACCUUAUUUCUACAUAUCUUAAUCUUUUACCCAAAAGAAACUACAAUAUGGCAAGUGAAGAUGAACCUGCUUUAAAAAAAGUCAAGACAAGUGAAUCUAAAUCUGACAAGGUAGACCUAAUCUCCGAAUUUGAAAAAGAAAGAAAAAAUUCUGGUAAAUCAAUAUUGGAUUUCAAAUUCAACAAGAAACGAGUGAGGAUACUAUCACCUGCUAAAGAAGUACCAGAUUGGGCAGAAGGGAUUGUUUAUUGGAUGUUCCGAGAUGAAAGAGUUCAAGAUAACUGGGCCCUUCUAUUUGCUCAAAAACUUGCUAUGAAGAAUGAAGUACCUCUUCAUGUUUGCUUUUGUCGAAAGCUCAAUUUCCUUGAAGCUACAAUACGACACUACAAGUUUCUUCUAGAUGGUUUGAAAGAAGUGGAGACUGAAUGUAAAUCACUCAACAUUGAGUUUCACUUGUUGAUUGGCAACGGAGAGGAAAUACUGCCUGGUUUUAUGGAGAAGAAUAAAUUGGGCGCUCUUGUGUUGGACUUCAUGCCAUUGAGGAGUGUUAUGAGUUGGGCGGACCAGUUGAAGAAGUCUCUACCUAAAGACGUGCCUUUGUGUCAGGUGGACGCACACAACAUCGUCCCAUGUUGGACAGCCUCAGACAAGCUGGAGUACGGUGCUCGUACGAUACGAGGCAAAAUCACUCGACAGCUUCCGGAGUUUCUCACUGGUUUCCCAGCUGUUGCCAAACACCCUUACUCUGGAAAACUAAAGGCUGAAAAGAUAGACUGGGAGGCAGCAGAGGAGACAUUGCAGGUAGAUCGCACUGUAGGUCCUGUGUCUACGUUUACUCCUGGCUACAAGGCAGCCAUACGAACGCUUGAUGACUUCUGCAACAAACGGAUAAGGUUGUUUGGAUCCAAGAGAAACGACCCAACCAUCAACGCGCUCAGCAAUCUCUCUCCAUAUUUUCAUUUUGGACAAUUAUCAGUGCAAAGAGCAAUCCUCCAUGUGAAAAAGUUCAGUGCCAAGUACAAAGAGAGCGUUGACGCCUUUGUGGAGGAAGCAGUCAUCAGAAGGGAGUUGUCAGACAACUUUUGUUUUUAUAACAAAAACUACGACAACAUCAGUGGAGCCUAUGAUUGGGCAAAGAAAACAUUGAAUGAUCACAGGAAGGACAAGAGACAGUAUGUUUACAACAGAGCAGAGCUGGAAGAAAGCAAAACCCAUGACGACCUCUGGAAUGCUGCCCAGAUUCAGUUGGUGAAGGAAGGCAAGAUGCAUGGUUUUCUAAGGAUGUAUUGGGCCAAGAAAAUACUAGAGUGGACUGCGACUCCUGAGGACGCCUUGGCCAACGCUAUCUACUUCAACGACAGAUACAGCAUGGACGGCAGGGAUCCCAGUGGAUAUGUUGGUUGCAUGUGGUCGAUUUGCGGUAUACAUGAUCAAGGAUGGAGGGAGAGAGAUAUUUUCGGGAAGAUUCGCUACAUGAAUUAUGAGGGUUGCAAAAGGAAGUUUGACGUAGCCGCUUUUGUAGCGAGGUACGGAGGAAAAGUCCACAAGUAUGUGAAGAAAUAAACGAGCAAUCUCAAGUACAAACUUUGUGUUUCAGUAUUAUUGAUUUGUUAAACUUUCUUGUUAGAUUUAGAAAUGUUUUAUACAACGUUGUUUUUCCUUAGUGUAGCACUUUAUUGUUUCAUGCAUUUGAACAAAUAUUGAAGGUGAAAUUUGAAGAAGGAAAAUUGAACUCUAAGUAUGCAAAUGUAAAUUGUGUGUCCUAAAACAUGUGCAAAAAGUACACAAAAAAUAAACAAUUUUGUUACAACAUAGGAAUAUCAUCAGGACAGGAAGUAAUGGUUUAGUGCCUUCAUCACUUCAUUCUAUUUGAAGAUUUAUGAGUAGUUUAUUCAUUAUUAAAUAUAGAGCCAUUAUUAAAUAUGCUUCUAACAUUGAUCACAACUCACAAACUAUGCACUUGUUUUAAUGUAAAAUAUCCAAUAGUUGCUUUAAUAUUAAUAGCUUAACAAUUUGUUCAGUUUCCAAUAGAGUAAAAUCUAACAAAUUGUUUUUACUACAAAUAUUUUUUAGAAAAUACUUCAUGAUAGUUUACUACAAACUUAAGUCCUGUUUAAAUACUCGUUUGUUUUACACUUGAAAGUGUUCAUAAGCUGUCGACUUAGUUAUUGUCAAUCAUUACACUCAGGGAAUCGUGUUUGUAUAACAUGUAAAAUGUAUUUAAUAAUUUAUUUUUAUGUCACAAUAUAACUGCUCAUUAAGUAAAUAAGGUUGUAUUUUUUUACUUAGAUAUAACAUUUUUGCUACUGUUAGUUUACAUUAGAUCUCAUCAAGUUUUUUCAGUAUGGAUUAUAACUACGUGUAUAUUGUAAAAAUAUUCCUCACUGAUCUAAUAAAUGCAUAACCAUAGUUUACUUACAAUACAAUUUGAUACAAUUUUUCAGUUGCAUACAAGAAAAAUGUUAAAUUUGAAGUAGCUCAUUGUAUAACUACAAUGUGUUAUCCUUUCUUUAAUCCGUAAUAGUCAACACAAAGCUAAAAUAAAUUUGAUUUCCAAUACAACAAAAAUAUUGUAAAAGAAAUUAGGGACUGUGUAAAGUUUUUUUUUAAGUCUUUCCGUGGUAAUUCUGUUUAUCUUAUUUUAUUUUAUCUUAUGUGUAUUUUUGACUAUUUCAAACUCGUUCUAUCAGCAACUUGGGACAUUAGUUUAAGUUAUUUCUAGACAUAGUGUCUCAAAUUCAUUAUAACUGGUAGCAAACACGGUUUUAUUGUGAGUUGAUAAAAAACACAUACACUUUGCUUUGUUUGUACACAUGCACAAAUUAAAGUUAGUCAAUCAAAAUAGUUUGUAUAACAUUAUUAUUAUGAGGAUAGUUGGCUAAGAUAUUUGUAUUAUAUUAUAAACACGAAUGUGUCAAAAUGUGUACUGCCUUUGAUUGUUUAAAUUUUGGACUUAUUUUUUUAUAGUCUAAUUUGUAGGUACUUAUAUAUUGUAAUAUUUAGCAAUACUCAUUUAAAAUCAAACAAAACCUAGUUAAGUCUGAAUAACAGUUUAAUUUUUCCCCCCUUUGGAUCUUUACUCAAUAUGAUUUGGAUCUGUUUUGCUGUUGUGUGUAGUUUCAUGUGUUUUUAAUUAAUGUCAUUUCUCCUUUAUGUAUACAUGUUUAUUAAAUUUGAUAUGUUAGCCUUCAUUACAGUAAUGUUAAAUAUAAAUCUUGAAUGCAACCUUACAAAAAUUUACAUUUUCUGUAUCUUAAAAGUGUGUUAACAUUAUAAUAAUAGUGACACAAAAAUGUAGUUUGUGCAAACAUACAGUAGGUAAACCAUAGAAUGCUGUGCAUUGUUGAAUCCACAUGAUGUGAAGGUAGCAGAAAAAACAUCACAAAAUCUAUUUGUAUUUCAAGUGCAUUUGUAUUUUUAUAUAAUAAACGUUGUUUUUUAUAGUUA